AUGUCGUCCAACUUCCAGUCCAUUCCAAUUAUUGACCUCUCCCUCGCCAACUCACCCGCGACUCGUUCGGGACUCCUGCAGCAGCUCCACCAGGCCCUCAUCGAAGUGGGGUUCUUGUAUGUCUCAAAUCACGAGGUUCCACAAAAUGUCGUAUCCGAUCUGAAAGAAGUCCUUCCUCGGCUUUUCAAUCUGGACCUGGAGCACAAGGAGAAGGUAGCUCUAUACAACUCCCCCCCAUUUCUUGGGCUACAGCCGAAUCGGCUCAGAAACAACCGCCGGACCGAGGCUCUCGGUAUCCCACCCGACCUGCUAUUUUCAUUGUUAUCAGAUCAACAUCGCCUCAAGCUUGUGCACUACCCGCCCUCUGAUCCUUCUACCGAUUCCAUCGGUCAAGGCGUCGGUCCUCACAAAGAUUCAUCCGGCUGGUGGACAUUUCUACUACAGGCAUCCCCUCCAAAUGUCCAAGGCUUGCAGGCUCUCAACAAAAAUGGCGACUGGAUUGACAUUCCAGUCAUUCAAGAUACCUUCGUUGUGAAUAUCGGGCAAGCUUUUGAAGUGGUUACUCAUGGCGUUUGCAAAGCAACAACUCAUAGAGUCCUCUCUGAGCCACUCGAGAGGUUCAGUGUACCUUUUUUCCAGGGCGUUCGAGGCAAUCUCACAAAAUCAGAAGCUCUGGACAUGUUGAAAGGCUACCUUUCCGCUGAACUAUCAUCUGCAGAAACGGAUAUUGGAGCAAACAUCGACUCGGCUUUCCUCCGAGGCAAAUACGAUACAUGGGGCGAGUCUCAGCUAAGAACUAAAAUCCGCAGCCACCGCAAUGUCGGCCAGAGAUUUUACGGCGACGUGUUUGAAAAGUAUACCGAAGACGAUAGCUGA